AUGGAGAACGGAAACCAGACCAUAGUGAAGUUUUUCAUUCUUAAGGGCAUUUCAGAUAUUCCUAAAUUGCAGACUCCAAUUUUCAUCCUAAUUUUACUUAUUUAUCUCAUCACUCUUGGUGGUAAUUUAACCAUUCUAUUUCUUGUAAUCCGGGAUUCUAAACUACACACCCCUAUGUAUUUCUUUUUGGGAAACCUCUCCAUUAUAGACAUCUCAUCUACCUCAGUCAGUCUUCAUAAGGUCCUCAGUACCUACGUUACUGGGGAUAAUACCAUUUCAUUCCAUGCUUGUAUGGCACAGGCUUAUCUAUUUUUAUCUUUCACUGGUGAUGAGAUGUGUAUCCUUGCGGCUAUGAGUUACGAUCGAUACGUGGCUAUCUGUAAUCCUUUGCAUUACCCAAUGGUUAUGAACAGUAGAGUCUGUAUUCUGUUGGCCACUAUCUGCUGGGUGUGUAGUUUUAUUGACAUUAUACCUUAUGUUUCAUUAUUAUCAAGUUACUCAUGUCAUAUAUCCAAUAUUAUUAACCAUUUUUACUGUGACAUUGUUCCAAUAAUGAAACUCUCUUGCAGUGACCUCUCUGCUUUGAAACUGUUGAUCUACACGGAAGGGCUUGUUUUUGGCUUCACACCUUGGUUUCUAACCUUCCUCUCUUAUGUUUUCAUUAUCAUCACAAUUCUGAGGAUCACUUCAAGCACCGGGAGACUUAAAGCCUUCUACACCUGUUCUUCGCAUCUUACUGUCGUUAUUCUGCUUUACGUAACUCUGUUCUGUUUAUACAUGAGACCAAAUGCCCAAGACAAUCUGGAGUCUACAAAAUUGUUUUCUCUUUUUAACACGGUUGCAGUACCUUUGAUAAACCCAAUAAUUUAUACCUUAAAAAAUAAAGAUGUGACGUUGGCAAUGAAACGUCAGCUGAGAUAUUUUAAGGGAAAUCAAUAA